UUCAAGGAAGUUCCCUUGGCGAAAAGGAUCGGCACGCUAGGCGGUGUCUUGCAUAUGGAACGAAUGGAUCAUUGUUGGUGCAGACAGCACUUGAAAUUUCGAAAUCCACGUACGCUGCGGCAGCAUCGUCAGUUGGAAAUUGGAAGUGAAUUGUUCUGGGCCGUCUGGAUUGUUCUGGGCCUUCUCAGGCUUCUUGUAAUCUUGUUUGUUUGUUCUUUGUCUCUGUAUUCCGUUGUUUAGUUUACAAUCUAAAUUCUGUCAUUGGUUCCAUAUCAAUAAUAUCAUUAGCUUACUGUCGUACAGGCUUUUAAAUUAGCGGAACCGUUCUGGAUUUGGCUGACAGUUGAGUACCCAUUCCUUUGUUUUUGUAAUCGUUCGGACAAUGGCAGAACCCGCAGUUUCCCCGCUUCCCGCCACCACACCCGCUCCAGUCCCAACCCUAGCUCCUACGCCCCCGCCAUCCACACAGGAAUCUAAAUGCAUCGUGCUGGAUUCAAAAGCUGUCCUGCGCGAAAAGCACAUUAAACGGCCUAUGAACGCGUUCAUGGUGUGGGCGCAUGAGCGGCGUCGUCAGAUGUCAGCCGACAGUCCCAAAAUGCACCACUCCAACAUUAGUAAGAUAUUGGGCGCUGAAUGGAAACUCCUUAGUCCAGCCGAAAAACAACCGUUUGUUGAGGAGGCCAAGAAGAUCCAUACUCAACACAUGCUGGAUCACCCAGAUUACAAAUACCGUCCUCAACGUAAAUUGAAGCCUCUCAUGAAAAAAGUGCGCGCUCAUUCCGCGCCGAAACAGCUGCUUCCUGGCCCAGUAUCGUAUUCUAUAAUCAGCACACCGGAUGAUCUGCCAUUCGAAAUGCCGAUUGUCGGCGUGUCAUCCGUGCGGGCUUUUGCCGUUGAGGAUUUUCCCAGUACUCCGCGCCGUUCACUGUCGGCCGCAUCUUCGCCUUGCCCGUCCAGUGCCCGUUCACCGGCGUUUGGCCGCUCCUUAGGUCGUUAUCCGCCAGCCGCCCCGGUGCCGGCGAAGUCCUGGCCACUUAUAGCUGGUCCUGGUCGGUCACCUGGCUCGUUUUGUCCGACUAAGCCAGUCGGUGUUUACCGUGGUCCUCUGCCGAAGUCGCCGCUAACAAAAUCGACGGGGACGCCGAAGCGUCCCAGAACGUUUGCCAAAUUGGAGGAUUAUUCGGCAUAUUUGUUGGGCGAUGAUGCAUUGAGUAUCCCGCCACCUCUGGUUGUUAAGAAAGUGUCAGAAUUUGACUCCAUCAUUCAUAAGCACAACACGAGAAAAGCGACAGUGGACAUAAAAUCCAGGUCAAAAUAGCGGUCAACAUUGUUGAAGUUGUGAUUGUGUGUUGUUAAUUUAAAUUGCAGUGGUUGUUGUAAUAUUUUGUAGCGCAUAAAUACAGUACGUUGUCGUUGUGUUUUUUCUGUAGUGGCAUGAUUCUAUGAGUUGUUAUCGCAUGGUGUAAUUCUAAUCUUCUAUACCGUACGUUUGUGUGAGCGGGGAUGAAAGUGCCCAUUUUCUAUAAAGCUUUCUUUUGUGUUUUAAAUCAGUAAUAGCCGAUUCCAGUUUGAACUUUGCAGUCUUAAUGGUAAGCCUUAAGG